CUGGCUUCUUAGAUUUUGGUGCGAACAUUGGUAGUAAAUCCUUGCGAAAUGGUAGUUUUGAUAAGAAUCAGCUUCUUGGCUUUGCUUACUUCUGUCGCUGUUGUUUUACCAGAAGGUAGAUAUGACGUGGUUCUCCAAGGUUCAGAUCCCACAAUCACCCAAGUCAAAAGAAGUCUGGACAGUCAUCACAAUUACCGCGUGGAGAGACAUGUUUCGCCGGGGAACGAGCCGAAACACACCUUGGACGAAACCAGGUCCAUUUUAACCAGUGUUGUAACCAACCUACGUAAAACUCGUCUUAACCAGCAUUCCCAGAAAUCCCGGGAGGGGAGCCUUUGGCAGAAAGACUUAUAUAGGCACAGCCAAAGACAAAAUGGACACCGUAAUUCAUGGUGGAUUCGUUGGUGCUGCAAAAUCUUCUGGAGUAAGAAGUACUGUGGGGAAGAGGAACCGAAUAUGACGACCGAGAUGGUAACUCCUGUGGAAACCACAGCGAUACCGGAAACAGUAUCGAUUAUGUCAACAACAGCAGCUGAGCCAACAGAGGAGCCGACUACUCUAGGGGAAUCACCUCCACCAUCGACUACCCGAGUUGCAAUGGCAACAGAAUCGAUUACAACAUUGGCAAUGACAACAGAAAAUCGGAUCACCGAGGCAGAGUUCACGGAAAAAGUAACAUCGGUAUCUCAACGGCAGACAAAUACAUUAGGAACACCACAUAUUACCACAACCGAAGAAUCGAAUACAGUGCCAAAUUCUGAGACGACAGUGACGUCAACGAUGACGUCAGAAUCUUCAACUCAAAAAGUAACAGUCAGACCAACCAUUGGUGACCCAAUUAUUAACUAACUAUUUAGUGUGCAUGUUACUAUAAACUUUGUUUUCUAUACAAGUAGUAGGAAGAUAACCCAGAUGCAAGAAACUGUUCUAUUGCGUAGGCCUACAACACGUUUAUUGUAAGUGGUUCAUACAUAAAAAUAGAUAUUCCACUUUUCCGAAAUUUCUUCACAGUGCUUAGUAAUCAGUUGCUUAACUAACUCACAUCUGUGACAAGUUUGUAAAACGAUGAACACAUUUGGAACCAAAAUUAAUAUGGAGAAAAACAGCCAUUACAAAUUUAGAAGUGGACAA